AGAUCAGCUUCAUGAAUAUUCACGUUUCACCAAAAUGCAUCCUGACUAUGGAUCAGUGAUGUCAGCGGUCCCUGGAAUGCUCCAUUGUAUUUCGUGUUAUCGUGUCGCCUUGUUUGAUGGCAGCUGGUGAGACAUCUGAUGAAAAGAGCAUCCUUCGUCGUGCAUGACCUUUCCCUCGUCUUCAUAUCACUGUCCGUGGGCACGUCUCUCACAUGUCACGCUAAGGUGACUUUCAAGCAGUUUUUUCCACUUUUGCGCACAAUGUCGGAACGGCACAAGGAUGUACAUCGGGGACGCAGUGGCCAAGCAGACCGCCCUGGCUGUGUGUGAGGACAUAUGCAAACUGUCAGUGUCAUAAUGGACAGGUUGCACUCCUCCAUGCGUAAAAGGCUCUACAGUUUGCCACAGCACACUGGACAGAAAUCAUCUAUGAUGGGUGAAGGAGAAGACGCAGACAAGGACACCCGGAGGAAGAGCAUUAGGAUGAAGCCUAUACCAUCACCGUCGCCGACCUCUGGGGGAAGCUGCAAAGGCAUCGGGGAGACCAAAAGUGGGGAGUCUGUGAUCAUGGAGACGGACAUCGGGAGACCGAUGAAGACCAGCUCAAAUGGAGAUUGCCGGAGGUUCCGAGGCAGCCUCUCGUCAAUCACAAGUCGGCAUGUGCACGACUCGGAGUCGGCGGAGGAGAGGCGCCUCAUCAACGAGGGGGAUGUCACCCCGAGCGAAGAGAGCCCCCAUGGAGCCGUCGGUGAUGGACAGCUGGAUCAAGGUGCGCAAGGGGCCAGUGGCGGCGGUGUUACCCAAAACGACUCCCCAGACCAGCAGUCAGGGUUUAUAAAGUUGGAUGGCAUUGAUCAAAUUCUGCCGGACGACGAGAGAUUAUAUCAAGCUGGGUUCAUACACAGGCAGUUUGGAGCAAUGCUUCAACCAGGGGUCAACAAGUUCUCACUGAGGAUGUUUGGAAGUGAGAAGGCGGUUGAACGGGAACAAGAGCGGGUUAAGUCCGCCGGAUUUUGGAUAAUUCACCCGUACAGUGAUUUCAGGUUUUACUGGGACUUGACCAUGCUGCUGCUAAUGGUGGGCAACCUCAUCAUCAUCCCUGUGGGCAUCACAUUUUUCAAGGACGAGCACACCCCCCCCUGGAUUGUGUUCAAUGUAGUAUCCGACACCUUCUUCCUCAUGGACCUGGUCCUUAACUUCAGGACUGGUAUUGUCAAGGAGGACAACACAGAGAUUAUCCUGGAUCCACAACAGAUCAAGAUCAAGUACUUGCGGAGCUGGUUUGUGGUGGACUUCAUCUCUUCAAUCCCUGUGGACUACAUAUUUCUCAUUGUGGAGACACGUAUUGACUCAGAUUUCUACAAGACGGCUCGCGCCUUGCGAAUUGUUCGCUUCACCAAGAUCCUCAGCCUGCUGCGUCUCCUGCGCCUCUCUAGACUUAUUCGCUACAUCCACCAAUGGGAAGAGAUUUUUCACAUGACUUAUGACCUGGCCAGCGCCAUGGUGAGGAUAGUGAACCUGAUCGGCAUGAUGCUGCUGCUGUGUCACUGGGAUGGCUGCCUGCAGUUCCUGGUGCCCAUGCUGCAGGACUUCCCUGCUGACUGUUGGGUAUCAAAAAAUAAGAUGGUGAAUGACACAUGGGGACAGCAGUACUCCUACGCACUUUUCAAGGCUAUGAGUCACAUGCUGUGUAUUGGGUAUGGCAUGUACCCCCCGGUGGGCAUGACAGAUGUGUGGCUGACCAUCCUCAGCAUGAUCGUAGGUGCUACCUGCUAUGCCAUGUUUGUGGGCCAUGCGACUGCACUAAUCCAAUCUCUGGACUCAUCUCGACGGCAGUACCAGGAAAAGUACAAACAGGUGGAGCAGUACAUGUCCUUUCAUAAGCUACCCGCAGAUAUGAGGCAGAGAAUCCAUGACUACUACGAGCACCGUUACCAGGGCAAGAUGUUUGAUGAGGAGAGCAUCCUGGGAGAGCUCAACGAACCACUCCGAGAGGAAAUCAUCAACUUUAACUGUCGAAAGCUGGUGGCAUCCAUGCCUCUGUUUGCCAACGCCGACCCCAACUUUGUCACCUCCAUGCUCACCAAGCUGAAGUUUGAGGUGUUCCAACCUGGGGAUUACAUCAUCAGGGAGGGCACCAUUGGCAAGAAAAUGUACUUCAUACAACAUGGGGUUGUCAGUGUACUAACCAAAGGCAAUAAGGAGACCAAGCUCUCAGAUGGUUCCUACUUUGGGGAAAUUUGUUUGCUGACACGAGGCAGAAGGACAGCCAGUGUCCGAGCAGAUACUUACUGUCGUCUGUACUCACUGUCUGUGGACAACUUCAAUGAGGUGCUGGAGGAAUAUCCUAUGAUGAGAAGGGCCUUUGAGACUGUUGCCCUUGACAGGCUGGACCGUAUUGGCAAGAAAAAUUCCAUCCUGCAGCACAAGGUGCAACACGAUCUCAGCUCUGGUGUACUUAACUACCAGGAGAAUGAAAUCAUCCAGCAGAUUGUGCAGCACGACAGGGACAUGGCCCACUGCGCCCACCUCAUGCAGAAUGCUCCACCCCAGACACCUCCAUCACCUACCCCUGUCAUCUGGGCUCCCCUCAUCCAGGCCCCUCUCCAAGCAGCGGCCGCCACCACCUCAGUAGCUAUUGCCCUGACACACCAUCCCCACCUCCCACCAACACUCUUCAGGCCUCCAGUUUCUGUUCUGGGGUCCCUAAAGGACCCUCCCAGCUGUCUUAGGAAGUUCCACCCAUUUGUUCCUUCAUCAACAGCACCUGGCUCUGCUGGGGACUCUUCCUCUAGUACCCCGUCUAAACUGCACACAGGGGUGGACAUGCCAUUGUUGGCCUCUUUUCGGGCCCAGCAUAUGAUGUCAGAUUCAACAGGCCAGCAAGCUUCAGGUAGCGGAGGCCAACACAGACUUAGUGGGGCUGGGUCAAAGUCCAGUGGAGCAGGGCCUUCUGCCUUUCCCUUUGGAGCAUACUCAUCCUCUGUUUCACCCUCAUCUAGCAUGGCCCAGCUACACACACAACCACAGCAUCAACAGCCCUUUUGCUCCAGCACCCCACCUCUCUCACACCUCUUCCACCAAGGGUCUACAAGUGGAAGCACAGGGUCAGGAAUAAGUGCUGGGGCGAUUGGAGCCUGUGGUGGUACUACAGGGUGGUCUUCAGGUGGAGCAGUUGGAGGUUCUGUGGAAGGAGACACUGCUUGGGCUGGAGACGACUUUACAACUGGAACAACAGAAGGAACACCUGGGGGGCACUUUGGGUUGGGAGGAGCUAUUGGGGGAUCAGAAGCAGGGCUGUCAGGGGAAUCAAUGGGAGAGAUAUCUGAAGGACCAGUGAGUGCAGGUUGUGGCAGAUUAGCAGGUGGGGCAUCACAUGGAUCAACAGAGAGCAUUACUUGUGGGACAAUAGGAGAUGCAACCAGGAGAUCAAUGAUAAUGACUUCCAGAGUAUCAAUGGGAGGGGGCACUGGAGAAUCACUGGUAGUGACAACCUCUGGAGGAUCAUUAGAGAGGGCUUCUUGUGCAUCAAUAGGAGUGGUUUCUGGGGGAUUAUCAGGAGGGGCCUCUGGGGGGCCCCCUGGAGCGCUUUCUGGUGAGUCAGUGGUAGGGAAUCCUGGAGGGCUGGUGGGAAGGGCCUCUGGUGGAUCAACAACUAGCCAUAUAGGAGGAGGUUCAAGUGUGCCAGGGGCAGGGGCAACUGGGGGACAUUCUGGCAGAGCAGCAGGUGGGACAGUAAGGAGCCAUAUAGCAGGGUCUGCAGCUUUUUCUGUAGGAGGGUCUUCUGGAGGAAUUACAGCUGGACUUAUUUGUUCCUCUCGUUGUCAGAGUCCCGUAUCUACUGGCUCGUUCAGUCCUUUGCCAGGUCCACUACUCCACAGCCAGGCACCUCCUAAACCUCCUCAGGUGGUUCCUCUGCAGCAGUUUGCUGGGGGAGGCAGGACUACCAGUGGCUUAAACCUCUUCCAUUCUCCUCCACAAGGCUCCCCGUCUUCUAGUAGAGGACAGAACAGCCAGCACCCUGCUGAGGGGUCCCCAUCUUCCCUCAUCCAUUGUAGCCUGUCAGGCCUCCAGUCUGGCCUCCUGCCUCACCAGAUGUCACUGGAGAGAUCUGCCCUGGCCUCACUUACCCAGUAUGGUUCAGCAAACACCUCUCCCUGCCUUACCCCAGUAGCACCAAGCCCAACUAUUCAAAGCCCAGUGGCAGGCAGGACCUUUCACUACAGUGACCCCUCUAGUGCCACAGGAUCACACAGUUCUCUGCUAAUGCCACAGUCUUCUCUCCCUUCGCAGCUUCUUAGCCAGCUACACACAACAGGGAGAGAUUCUCUACUGAAUCGCUUUUCUGAGGACCUAAAACUUUUAUCCAGCUCACACCCAUCUCUGCCCCAGGAGGUGGCCCAGGCCUUAGGCCACAAAACUCCUCACUCUUCUGUGGAAACUGGAUGUUAUCCCUCACCCUUUUCUUCUCCCACUCUUGUGCCCAAACCUAGUAGCACAGUGCCGGGCCACAUGACUCCUCCCAUCCAGACAUCUCUGAGGGACUCUCACCAGACUCACUCCUCUGGGGCCUCCCCAGCCUUGCCACUGAGGAGGGGCUCUGCUGCCUAUUCAUCAGAUCUAGAACCUCAAACUGUCCGCUCUAAGCUUCCUUCCAAUUUGUGAGGAUUUAUCACACCCUCCUGUGCUCCUCCAAACUGAAACACACACAAACUAUCUCCUUGUGUGGUGUUCUUUUCUUUGUGUCUUCAGACUUCACUGUGUUCCACCUCUCAUUUUACCAGGAUAUUGAAUUUACUGUGAUUUAAAAGACACUUUACUGAGUAACUCUCGAAGCUUUAGAAUACUCUAUAUUUGUUUUAGGCUUUGUUCUCUUUUUUCACAUAUAAUGUAUAUAGAAGGAUAUAUAUUUAAAUGAUAAGUUAGUCAAGGGACUAGGAGGGUGUGGAAAAAGAUCUCCAUUUAAAGAAUAUUUCUAUAACUAUGCCAAAUUUUUCUGGUGAUGUUUGAGAAGACAGUUAAGUGGAUUAAACAAUAGUACCCUUUUUUCUGCAGGAACCUAUGCACUAAUACCUGCAUGUAUAAAAGCUUUUUGUGUGUUUCAAAAAAUUAUCUAAAUUUUUAGCUAAAACAGUAUGCUUCAAGAGAGGCUAACUCUUGUAACAUCUCAUUUAGGAUCACAUAUUGUUGAUCCUUAAAUGUAUCUAAUGGAUUGUACUUAUUUAUCCUCCUGUAUAAACUUUUCGAAACCUUAUGAGAAAUGGAGAAGAGAUUUGAGGAAACCAAAAAGACAUUUUCUGUGGGGUAAUGAUUCACCUCCUCUUGGCCCAUCGAUCCAAUUUUAUACCACUUUAUCAUAAAAGUACUGUUUUUUUAAGCAGGGGAAGGGGGUUUCAGCAAGCUACCCUCCAUCUCAAUAUUGAGACAUAACAGUAUGUGAGUGACUGGCUUUCUGCAAAUUCCUAAACAAUGUCUUAAGAAGCUCACUUUGUCUUCCAAGCUCAUGUUGCUAAUGUGUGUAGAAAGCAUGUUGGCAAGACUUUUCCCUGAUCAAAAAGAAGUUUGCCUUUUUCACUAAAAAAGAAGAACUUCCAUGAACUUCAGCUUGUGUGUUGCAUUGUGCAGCACUCAGACCAAUCAAAAAUAAUAAAAAAGAAAAGGAUAACUUCAGGUCAAGACUUUCGGUUAUUUAGCAAAUAUACUCUAGGACAUACAAGUACACAAUCUGGAACAUCUGAAAAGUGCUGGAAAAGGAAAUAUACCACUUGAUAUUUAAUUUGUGCAUUACUGCUUUUACUGUAGCACUACACUGUCAAAAUAGAAAUAUCUCCUCAUUGAAUGCUAGUGUGGAGUUUGAGAUGUUGAAUGUAUGUACAUUUGUUGAUGCUAAAAGUACUGUAGCUAUGGGAGAUACACUGAAGGCACAGUGCCCCAGGAGAUUAAGACUGUUCCAUAACUAAAAAGGCCAUUGGUUCAAUAUCUUUGACAGACAUUUUCAUCAGCAGCCAUUUCUCCUGCCAAAGUGUCCUUUAGUAAGACACAGAACUGCUACCAACUAAGUUGUCCUAGGGAAUCUGGAUAUACGUAGUUGCCUACAGCUACCCUCUAUUUACUGCAUAAGCUCAGUAAAGUGGAGGCAUACAAUUGCAUUGGAGCUGGUAUAUCCUGGGAGAAACCGCAAGUUAUUUGAAAAGCAGACUUCAGUUUUCAUUGCAUUGCUGCUGGUAUUUCUGAAUACAUAUAAUGUACACUACAUGCAAAGAGCUAAUCAACAUGAUACCUUCCUCUACUGCAUUCUGCAGUAGAGAAAAGUGCCACUAACUCCCAAAGGAAAAAGCUUGCUUCUACAUGUUUGUGUGCAGCUUAUCAGCAACACAGACCACUCAGACAGCUGCAUCCCUAACUCAGUCACAUCACUCAGCCACAACAACCUAAUUUAACAAGACAUGACUGUAAUCCCUCGACCCUCCCAGACUAUCAUGGACUCACGCACAGGUUCACAGUGACCACACUCUUCCCUCAUUACAGUUCCCAUAAGUCUCUAUAACAAGGGAUGGCAUGGAAUGACACAUACUUGCAUGAGUGCACAUUUACAAACAUGCCCACAAACACAGGACCACACUAUGGGUAAAUCUCAGUUUCCUUAAUUGUAUUCAUGUUUCCUUCCCUUGCAUCUUUUUCUUGUGUCUUACUCCCACCCACAUAAAGUGUGAAGAAAAGAUUAGGGAAAAUUGAGGGAACGUUUUUACAGACAUGAGGCAUCCUUUUGUCAGAUCCAUCGUCUGAAUCAUCCAAUCACCAGCUGGUUUCCAAGAAAGGGGUAUGUCAGUCCAUAAAAGUUGCAUGAAGAAUGCUCUUGUGUAGCCUCCAUCAUGUCUUCUCCAUGCAGCCUUCUUGUUUCUUGAUUCUUAAAUCAGGAAUAAGAGCUUUGGGACAUCUUCAGUUCUCACUCAGCUGGAACAACUUCUGGGUCGAGUGAGGAUCGAGGACCAAGGAAUGAUCAAAUAAGGGAAUUGGGAUUUACCUAAAGACUCCUCCUGGCAGGAGAGGAAAAAAAGUUUUCAUCCAUAACAAUUUAUGUUUUGAAAAUAUCCCUGACUGAAUUUGCAGCUGGAAAAUCUAUGACCAGUUGAUUUUCUACCUUACUGCUUUCAGAUCAGCCAGGCUAGUUUACAUAGCAAGGAGUUCAUAUCAGCUUUCUUAUUAUGGAUUUAAUAUGUGGUUUUUGCUCUAGUCAUGAUGCAUGCAUUGCAACUCCAGGUGAACAUGACAUAAUAAUGUAACCUUUACAUUUUAAAUACGUUUUUGAUCACAAGCAACUUGCUCCGAGUGGAAAUGUUUGCACUUCUACAUUACCAUAUUAAUCAAUAUCCUCAUUGCUUGUGUUGUUGAAUGUUGAAUGGUUUCUUCAUUUGUGUUUGGAUUCCAGUACAAAAAACAAAAAUGCAGUUUUCCUACAGCAGUGAAUAUGAGAAAAUAUAGCAACAAUCAAUGGAAACAAUGGUAAGCAUGUGGCUUCAUUGUCUCAUUAUUUCGGUGCAACUGAAACAGCAAAGAUUAUUCUUAUUUGCAAGUACAGGCAAAAACAGUAGCUGAUGCAAAAUAUCCAGACAUGAUGUGUGUUGCCACUUAUUCUAUGAAAUGUAGAAUAUAAUCAUCUGAUAUAGAUAAGAACUGAUUAUUUAGCUUAUCAUUACAGAAUUACACAGGUGAAACUAGUAAUUGAUCAUUUUUGUGUUUGGAUAUACACAGAGCUGGCAUUACUAUGGAGCAGUGUUUGUUCAGCUCACUCAUCUCGUUUACAUUGGCAGUAAACAGCUAUUUUAAAGGCUUUGAAACAUUUAUGUUAGCCUUGCACCUCACGGUACUAAGCCCAGGAAUCUUUAGAGUUUAGACUACCAUCUACAGGGGCAAAGAGGUGGGAGGGACAGAAUUCACCAACAGAAUGGCAUAAAAUUAAACACGCUGAAUUGUUGCACUUCUGGAAUGUUGAUAGUCUGCACACAGUUAAACCUUGACCCUCCUGUACCUGUUGGCUUUGCUGUGCACCAAAGCAAACAGACUGCUGUGCCACACACAUCAGGAACACAUCCCUUUUUCUCCUCACAGUAUGACCUUAUUACAGUAUGGUGCUGGAGAACAGUUUGAAGCCGGUCUAUGAGACUACGGUGUAGAUGUGAGGAGAUGCUGAUGCUCUGAGACAGUGAUGUGGUCAGAUAGCCAUGGGGACAAUAGGUAGACAGGCACCCCAUGGGGUAUUCUGACAGGGUACUUGUUUCUGGGUGGGACUUGUGGCAUUUCACCCUAGUGCUAUUGGAUGCUUGCCUCUGUGGCAUUGAUUGAGAGGAUAUGAGUGAGCGCUGUCAUGUAGCUAACAGCUAGUGUUUGUGUGUGUGUGUGCAACUGUGUUUCCCCUGCUGCCUGGCUGGGGGUGGGUGUUCUGUAAGGAGGGACAGAAAGGGACAGAUUAGAGUUUAUGGAGACAUAGACAUUGGGCAAGGGUUGUUUACUAGACCUAAACUUGGUCUGUUCAUUAUGACAUUCAUUCAUUAUCACAGAUUUGUGAUUCUGAGGAGUGGUGGGUGGACACAGUGUGUCAGUAGAAUCUGCAUGAUGUCCUGCCUGUCUCACCUGGGCCAGCAUCUCUGAAAAAUCUCCUGUCUUUGAGGUUUUUAUGCAAGAAAACUGCCAUUUUAAUGAAAUUAAGAAUUGAUAACCAUGCAGCUUUGAAAUGGACAGGAAAAUAGAUUUCAAAAUCUUUAGGAUCAUGAAAUUUUCUCAACUCACUGACGACCAUGUAAUGCUUCAUUCUGUAAAGACAUGAGAAUAACAAGGUUUUCACCUGACUGAUUUUCUAUUUCCAUCCUCCCAAACUAUUUGAUGCAACUGAAUCUGUAGCAUAAUGAAGUAUAGGGAGACUGUAUUUUUACAAGGAAUCAGCUGGGAAUAAGCCAAGGAGGGUUUGAAACUUUGUGUCUUUUGAGACAAGCAAAUAAACAAAAACAACAGUGACUCACUUGCAUAUGCAGGGAACUAUUUUCAUUACACCUCAUCCUGUCACCCAUCUAAAUAUGAUAAGAAAUUUGCUGGUUGAGAACAACAGAGGAAAUAGCAAUGAAGGACCAUGCUCUGCCCAAAUGCUCCAAGCUAGUCUGUUCUGAAAACCUUUCAUUCAAAAUUGUGAAAAUGCUCCUGCCAUGUCUGUGGUGAUUCUGUAAAGUAUUAUUUCAUUUUACAUCAUGCAGUGGUAUGAAAUCUACUUUAAACGAGUCUAGGGCUAUCAAGGACUGAGAAUAAAACUGUGUAUUUGGGGGAAAAAAGGAGCAUCUCGUAUACAUUAAUAACUUCUGAUGGAAGUUAUUAAUCUUGUUCUCUGCCUGAGGCCAUACCUGGCUCUAGCCCUGCUGUUGGCCCUAGCUAGAUAUGUUGUGAGGCAGACAUCAGGUUGCUAAGCUGCUUCAGUGCAGCCCCCUCAUAAAGCUUUGAUGGAGCUCCACAUGGCAACUCUGUACCAUUUCCAAUUCACGGUUGUUUCUGUUAUGCAGCAUUCUCAGAUUCUGUUUUUUUGUGCUUCCAAUUUCACCACCUUAGAUUAGCUUUCCUCUUCCUUUGUGCUGCCCUCCUCACCCAUGAUUGUGGGUUGGUGAACUGGGGAUGCACGCUAAUGAAAUCAUUUGCUGUGAUUGAGGAUUAGAUGUAGCAGCAGCGGAAUCAAACCAGUAAUUUCUCAGGGGGAGGAAGAAACAUGUUUUCCCGUGCCCUUGUUAUUCAUUCAUGACCACAAAUUCCUCUUCCCCUUCCAUAAAUGCUCAAUUUAUUUUCUACACAAGUAUCAGAAUCAGGUGUUUUGUCUGACAGUGUACCUUAGAGUGAUUGGAUAUGAUCUGAAGAUUGCUACAUGAAGUAAAAAUUCCCUUGCUGCUGCUCCAGAGAGAUGGAACAGCAUGACAGUAAUGUUAAUUUGACUACAAAGUGGGCAGUUGAGCAGUGUAACCUGGAUAUGAUGCAGUUUAGGGAUACCAUGCAACAGUGGGGUGCAUAUAUUAUAACGUCCCUCUGAAAGACCACCCACAGCUCCUUCAUGUUAUUGGCACUGUACAGCUUACUGUCAGGUGUCUCUUGUUGUAGCUGUCAGUAUAAAUUCAUUAAUUUAUGCUACUUUACAACUUGGUCAUAUACACGUUUUUCUGUUGGUUGCAGCUGAUCAGAAAAUCCUGUGGUGAAGCCAAAGGUGAAACUGCUUUUCAGUGGAUUAAUGGAGAUAUGAAGGUCUACGUUAAAAAUAAAUCUUGUAGCUACCUUUCAAUUGCUGUAGUAUGUAAUAAAUUUCACUUAAUCUGAUGUUGGGAACAUAAUUUUCACCAGAUACUGAAUUUUACAGACUUAUAAAUUUCCAUAGGACCCAUUUACAUUUCUGUAUUUAUUUUAGACUGUCUUAAUAAGUGUUGUCAUCAUCAGCAUAACAAAUAAUGAUAAGCAACGCUCACCAGAUUCUAUGUACAGGAAUCAUAACAUGUCCAUGGUUUUUAAGGAAACAUCAUUUUCAUUGUAUAAUCUCUCAUGUUUCAUGUUGGUUCAACACUUCUUAUUUGGACACAUGACUAUUUGGGGAGAACAUUAUUUUGACUGCUUUGCUAUUGAUCAAUGAAUAUAAUUUUUUCCCUGCAAUUAACACUGGAACUCUGGAGGAAAAGCAAUAAGGAAACUGUACAGGUAUGGUGUGACUGGAUGGGUACCUGUUUGAGCUGACCCACAUAACAACCACACACACAGUAGCCAUGGCUUGUAGCUUGUGUGGCGGUGAAAGGAGUGGUGC